AUGCUUCCUCUGAAGACCAUUCUGCUGUUAACCGUGGUUGGUUUGCUGAACUUAUCGACAGCCGCACCGGACAGUGCAGGAAUCGUGGAAAUGGUGAAUGGAUUGGCGUAUGGUGGAAUUCCCUAUGGAAGCGUAACUGGCAUGUUGUCCAAGUAUCCCGGAUUUAUGAGACAUCAAUUUAAUUCCAUUCAGGCCCGGCAAUUAGGCGGAUUCGGAGGUGUACAGCCGCUAAUUGUCGGUCCGAAUUUGAGGGCAACGAGACUAGUGGGCCUGCAUCCGCAAUCUGUGCAAGUUUACAACGUUCGAGGUGCCGUUGCCCCCGGCGUUGUUAGCACGAUCAAUCACAUAGGAUACUAA